UCUAAAAGAAUUUUCUUGAUGCUAAAAUAGAAUCUAUGUAAUAUAACUAACAAAUACUCGUGCACAAAAGAAAAAACGAGAGAAGUAGUAAGUUAUAAAGGCUUAACAACUUGUUUGUUAUAUGGAUUUGCCAUGCUGAGAUGAAGAGAUUCAGUGAUUGUGAGUGGUAUAGCAAAUCCUUUACCUUUGUCUGUUAGUUUAGAACACUUUACAAGUGGAAUGGAACCUUUUGCUAUUAUAGAAAAGCACAGAGAUUCUUCCCACUUGGACACCUUGACUAAUGCCUCUUUGUUAUUUUUCUAUGCCUUAAAUAAGACCAUAUACUAAAUGGUUGGUCAUUGGUGCGUGUCAACAGCUCUGCAAUCUUACUUGUCUGUCUCCCUUAUUUUUCUUUUCUUUAAAGUCUACAAUCCAUCUUCUGAUUUUGGAUCACGUUUCUUUUCUUCUUUCAAGUUUCAAAUUCUGGGACUUUCCGAAGUUGAACAGAUUUGAUCUUGAAACUCUGAUACCGCUCUUAAAGUCAACAUUUUUGGAGAUGGGUUCUUGUUUUUAGCUUCCAUAUUAUAGAAACUUGGUGAAGCCUGUGGCUUUCUGUGCCACUGAAUCAAGAAUAUUAUUCAAGUUUAACUGAUUUGGUCAGUUGGGUUUUCUCAUGGAGGAAGAAUCUUGAGGAUCUUUGUAUCUUCAACGUAAUAAUCAAUAGCCGGAUCUGGUAGAGAUUUCUAAGGUACUUUUUCUGAUUCUUUUUCUUGGUUUGUGAAAUUCAAAGAUAUUCAGAUAAAGUGAGGAGGGAGAUGUUUGAUGCUUGCUUGAUGAUGAAUUUUAAUACUUCUUUGAGUUACCCAACACACAAAUUGGGCUAUGCAAAUGUAAACACUCAAAAGACUUUCUUGUAUAAGUCAAGGUCAAAUCGUGUUCUAGCAAUGCCUCCACCAUCUCCAUUUCUUUUAAACACAGAUGAAGAUGGGAAAUUUGGUUCAACAAGUAAUGAUUCUGGUGAUUCUUUAGUUAGUUUGGAAAAUACUAUUGGUAUAAUUGGAGGGGUAUCUGUUGAUUCUACUCUGAAGUUCUUGAGAAAACUAGUUAAGUUGGGUUUAAAAGAUGAAGAUAGUAUUCCUUUUGUGCUCUGCUCUGACCCCAUGUUGAGUAAGGAUCUUCAGUUACUUGAAAGGAGUUCUUUGCCUUCUUUAAGUGGUCACAAAACCCAACGAGUACAAAUGGAUCCUACCCGAAUUGUGGAGAAUCUGAGAAGCAAAAGGGUCUUCUUGGAAAAUUCAGGAGCUCGUUGCAUUGUCAUGCCUUGUCAUUUAUCACAUUGUUGGUAUGAAGAAGUUUCCAAGGGAGGUAAUGUUCCUUUCCUCCAUAUGGGAGAAUGUGUUGCCAAGCAGCUCAAGGAAGCCAAGUUGAAGCCACUUGAAGCUGGAAGUGAAGUGAGGAUUGGAGUGCUUGGGACCAAUGUAACUUUAACUGCAGGAUUUUAUCAAGACAAAUUGCAGAAUGAGGGGUUUGAGGUUGUGUUGCCAGAUAAAUCAACUACAGAACAUGCUGUUGUUCCUGCUAUGGAGGCUUUAAGUAGAAAAGAUAUAGAAGGAGCACGGAAUCUAUUGCGAAUUGCUCUCCAAGUUCUUUUGGUGAGGGCUGUAAAUACUGUUAUUCUUGCCUCAGAUGAUAUGAGAAAUCUUUUGCCUCUUAAUGAUCCUCUUCUCAAGAGAUGUGUUGACCCUUUGGAUGCAUUAGCCAUGUCAACUGUCAAGUGGGCUCAAACUGCUGAAACAGGUAAAUGAAGAUAGUUUACUUCUUCUAUGCUAUAUUGAUUUGGAAUUCAUACAGAAGAACAUGUUAUUGGUGUAAUACUUGAUUUGUCUGUGUUACUAUGAAGUUGGAGGAUUGUAUAAAUUUUGAAAAGCUUUUCCGUUGAUUCUUCAGUAGGACCAACUCUCUUACAUAUCAUAUUGAGUAGAGUAUAUCAUUGUCUGUAUGUAAAAGAAUUCCAUUUUAUGAGAGCUGGAAGCUUUUUGUCAUGGACAUGUUUAAAGGGCUGUACAAAAAUAUUCCAAUUAAGAUUGGUUGAUGUUCUUUCUGACUAA